AUGGAAAUCUUCUUGAAUGGUUACCAAUAUUGCAUUCCAGAAAACUUUACAUUCUAUUAAUUAUUUUAAUAAACAGGCCAACCUGGAAAUUUUAACAAUAAAUUUUGGCAACGAAAUGGUUCAAAUUUAUUAGUAAAUUAAAAUACUUUGGUAAAAGAGCUUCUCUAAACAAAUGAUUAAGUCAUCUUAAUUGUAAGUUAAAAUAUAAAUUUCAAGGACAAGCCAUAAAAGCUAGGAUCAACAAUCUAAUCUUAACAAAUAGGCACUUUUCCUGGUGCUUAAUUUGUAAACCCGUCUUUUCAAAUGAAUUAAGGAACAUAGUAAUAGAAAAUAAUAUUUUAAUAAAAUUAGAGUGUUCCAAAUCAAUAAUUUGGAAUGUAAUAAGUAGGAAUCUAAAGUAUGAAUCAAAUGACAUCAAGUAAAUCAAUAAUAUAAAUAACGAAUAGGUUAAUAAAAUUAUUAAUCACCUUUGUAUAAUUUUUAGACAAAUAUUAAUCUUUUGCAAAAUCAAAAUUUAUAUUAAUAACCUAUUAUUUCAUAGCCAUAAACAUAAACAUAAUCAGAUGAUUAUGAUGUUUUCCAAACAUUUACUGAUAAUAAUCAAAAUGCUAAUGAAGAUAUAUUUUCAACUCACUAUUAAUAUUCAAAUUAUGAAUAAAACAGAUAAAAUUAUUUGUAAAUUAAAUCAACAUGUCCAGGAAAUAAAUAGUAUAAAUCAUAAUUAUUUUAGAGAUCAAGUUAUAAAAGAUAAUUAUAGAUUUACUUUAGAUAAUUAUGGAGAUGUUUUAAUAAUUGACAAAUUAGAUUAAUCAUUUUAUCUUCAAAUAUCAAAUAAGUUUAAACUAAAUAAAGUUAGAUAAUUUGAUAUAGGAAAUAAGCAAAAAUAGUUUGAAAGCAAUAUUAUUUUGGAUCUUAAUUGUACGAGAGUAUCAUGGAUUCAAGAAUUGGAUCUAUUAGCUGUGUAAUUCAACACAGGUGCAAUAAUUGCAGUAUAAUUAUAUCUGGAAUGAAAAUUAUAAUAUCAAAAAUAAC